AAGUGAAGAAGAGCAUUGAAGACCCUUCUUUCCUUCCUUCCUUCCCCAAAAAAAAAAAAAAAAAGGGGCCCAAUCCUUUUGAUAAUCCUUGAUGCAUUGUGGUCGUGUCGCAUAUUGCAACGCACGCUUACGCAAAUGAAUCGUAUUGUAUUAAUCUGAAGGGAAGGGAAAAAGCCCCGCCCCAGUUUGUUUGCGUGUGUUAAUUCUUGGAGCCGGCGGACAGACAAAAAGCGAAGAGUGAAGAUUUGAAAGUGGAAUAACAAAGCCAACGCCAUGAAGAAGCUGACUAGAAAAUGGAGAAAAUCUCAGGAAGAAGAUUCCUUUCUCCCAACUCGAGGAGACGAUCCCACUCUCGACGAUUACCGCCCUCUGGAUAUUCGUGAACAAGAGGAAUUGAUUCGUUCGUUUGAAACGAGUCAAGCUCAACAAAGUCGUUUAUGGAGGGGCGUGUUCGCAGCACUUCUCCUUUGUUUUGCUGGUUUUCUUGUAUAUUCCAUCUUUCAGCAGCUUUCAUCUCCUUGGGAACUGCGUUAUCAUGCCUACUUUAUGGAGGAUUUGGACUCAUGGGUGAUUAUAUCUGCAGAUUGGGUAGCUGUUGUAGCGUGUUCUUUGGCUAUCAUAGGGCUGUUUCAUGGUGAUUCAAAGGACCGAAGGCAAUGGAUCUGGUACUCGUGCUUUUUUGGCAUGGUACUUGUGGUUUUCUGGUUAUAUUUCAUGUCAAGACUGCCAAGAUUUCGAUGGGAUGUAAUCUGGCUUCCAUUUGGACCCCUUUGCGGAGCUGGACUCUCUUUGUAUGUGGAUCACCUACUGUCCGAGUCAUCGGAAGAAAUAAGAAAACUUAGAAGCUAUAUGUACGCUCACAAAGCCCACUAAAUGUUUUGUGAUGGGGAAUCAGCACCCUACCUACCUAUGCAGUGUUUUUCCACCUCAAAAGGGUUGACUGAUUGUGCAACCAAUGUCAAUUUUGGAAAAGGGAUUAAUAGCAAUUUUGGGCAGGCAAUCAAGUACGAAGGAAAUGGAUUUGCUAUAAAAAAACGUGCUAAGUUGCCGACAUGGAUAGGAGAGUUUUACUGCUACUCCAAAUGGGUUUUUUCACCCUGAUUAUGUUUUGGUCGAAGAAACUUUGUGACUACUAAUCUUCUGUACUAAUCUCAAAGUGUACCAUCUAUAUCGCAUUUCUUGAAGAUCUAUUUCGAAUGGAAUGUUUUAAGAGUUUGAUUA